AUGCUGGGCUCUAUCGUCGGAUCCGCCAUGCUCCUGGUCGCUACUGCGAUCUUUCUCUACUACACCACCUGGACUUUGUUGAUGCCCUUCGUCGACCCGGGUCACCCUCUCCACGAUCUCUUCCCUCCCCGUGUCUGGGCCAUCCGUAUCCCCGUUUUCCUUACUCUGCUCGGUUCCGCCGUGGUUGGCACGUUCAUAGGAAUUGUGAUGAUCAACAGCAACAAGAAGAAGGCAGCUAAGGCUAAGGCCGCGGCCAAGAAGAAGACCUAA